AUGGACCAAAAUCAAGAUGACAUUAGGACUACAAAACAUCUGGUUCACAAAGUUAAUAGUAAUAGAUCUAAAUCUGAUUUGGAUGAGCCGGAUGAGCUUCCCAAAGAUCUGAGUAUUUCCUACUGGGAUUUAAUAACAUUGAUCUUAGCUAUUGUUAGCCAUGUCAUUGAUGUUUGCAUUGACUACAAUGUCGCCUAUCAGUAUUACAGAUAUGAAAAACUAAAUUAUUUUGUAUUGACAAUUAUUUUUAUACUAGUUCCUUCCGUAAUAAACACUUAUAUGAGUUUAAAAAUUUAUUCGAUUCAAGAAGAUGUGCAAAGAAUUACCCAAAAAUUACUUACAAAUCGACUAUUAUUGCCAUUCCUAUUGCUACUUCAAAUGGCUCCUGUAUUUAGGUAUUAUGAUGUAUUGAAAUAUGCACUAAAGUCUCGUAGUGCUGCUCGUAAAGGAAAUUAUGGUGAUCAGAAGAGCUACUAUGCUUUAAUGGCUAAAGAAGACUCCUACGUGUCAUUGUUGCGAAUCUUUGAAUGUUUUUUAGAAGCUGUCCCUCAGCAAAUAUUACAAAUAUUUAUAGUUUUGGCUGAGAAAAAACAGGGUUCUACUUUUCAAAUUAUUCAUCAAUCUGCAUCUAUUGCAAGUUCAACCAUAGUCAUUGCUUGGGCUAUGGCUUCAUAUCAUAAAAAUGUAAGGAUUGCUUAUGAAAAUCGAAAAAAUAUCGGAAAUACAGGAACAGUGUUACAGUUUUUAUGGCACAUAAUGAUUACAGUGUCUCGAAUUUUGUCAAUUAGUUUGGCUGCUAUAGUGUGGCCACAGUCAACUAGUAUUUUUUGUAUGGUUCAUUGGCUCUUUAUGACAUUGUGGAUUUUCAAAUAUCAGAAUGUAACAUUUUGUAUGCCAUCCAACCAAUCUGAGGAAAGUGGAAUCAUGAGAUUUUUUUUUUCAACAAUACUCGGUCUUGUGUACAUUUUCACUUAUUUAUCACCCAGUGAAGGCCAAGGAAAUUCAAGAAAUCGUUACUUAGGGUAUUAUGGAGUAUUCCUAGUGGAAAAUGUAGCUGCAGUAACUAUUUGGGCUAUCACUGGUACGGAUCAAAACCAUUGGUACUACUAUCCGCUGAUGAUAGGUUCGAUAGCACCAUUUUUUGUUGGAAUUUUAUUUAUGACAAUAUAUUACAAAUUUUUCCAUCCUCAUACAAUCAUAUCUCUUACUUAA